AUGGACAGAGCUUCCCUUGAACUGAAAGGCAGCAGGACCAGUGGAUAUGAGAACAAUCAGAGCCCAGCUAUGUUUGGGGAUCAUAAGUUACAUUCUGUUCCAAGGUGCCUUCUCCCAAAGCCCACCAGUUCAGAGCCCUGGAUUUCAGCAGGGUAGUGAGUCUCCCAGCUUCACAGCUCAUGCAGCACCUCAGUCCACCACAGGCAUCACAGCAUCUUUGAGGAUGUCCUCACUGGUUACCACAGUGAGGGGAGUGUCAUCAAGUCCAAGACCAUCCACCUUGCAUAACCUCCAACCUUCUUCCUUUGGCCCUACCAUGAAGACCCAGCCACAAGAAGCCACUUCUGGGCGAGGCACAAGUGCCCCAAGUUAUAAAAUCAGGGAAAGAUCCCAGAUCUCCACUUUUUCAGUUACAGCCUCAGAUAUCCCCAAAUCAACUAUAAUGGACUUGAGAACAACUGAAAAACCUAUCUUGCCCACCCCAACAUCUGAGACUGUGCUUACUGUGGCAGCAUUUGGAGUCAUCACCUUCAUCAUCAUAUUGGUGGUUGUAGUGAUUAUCCUGGUCAGUGUGGUCAGCCUGAGGUUCAAGUGUCGGAAAAACAAAGAAUCAGAAGACCCACAGAAGCCAGAGAACUGUGGAAUGUCUGAAAGCUCUGCAGCCACUGGGGAGAAGGACACAAGCAUCACCCUCAUCUCUAUGAAGAACAUCAAUUCAAAUAAUAACAAGGGCUGCUACACAGAAGAGAAGGUUCUUUAAAGUUGACCCUCAGCGACAAGGACCCAGGAAGCAGCUACUCCAUGACUGUGAUGUGGAUUGUUGGAAUGAUGUGGGAAGGAAGUAAAGGCACGAUGCAUUCUAUUCAAAUUAUUUCAUUUCAAACAUCCACACUUGAAUCUCAAAGGACAUAAACCUGUUUAGAUUUGAGAGCAGAAUCUCCCAAUUUUGAAUAUAAGCAAUAACUCCAGAAACAUAACCUAUUCCUCCCACUUCUUUGGUGUCAUAGAGAAGAGAUAUCUACAGGGCAGGGGCAAAUAGGUCUUAUGUUUGGAGUAGAGAAUAUUUGUACUUUUUAAUAGAAUUAAAAUUAUUUUUUGGUCUGCA